AUGGCACUUUGGCAAUCUCUCAACCAGGUCCUUUGGAAUCCUGCCAGAGACGUCACAGCCCUCACUCAACCAUUGUUGGAUGAUUUCACACCCUUUCAGGCCUAUGCACACCUUACUGAACUCAGUACUGAAGAAUUCUAUCCCCCAACAUGCACCUGCCUCAAUCUCCACUGUCCCCACUUUGUUCACACCUCUGAGGCAGCAGCACUGUAUGAUCCACAGUGA